AAAAAAAAAAAAAAAACUUUCCCAAUUUCUCAACGCAAGCCUUGCCCUGAUCGACCUUUCGAAUCUCCCAGAUGAACGUCGCCGGCCGCCUCUUUUUACCCGUAGCGUUCGCUGACGCCUUCUAUGCGUCCUUUCGGAAUCAUCCUAAUCUUCCUCUCUGCAACUCUCGCCGGAUUCCUUUGUCAUCAGAAAUCUCAAAUCUUAACCCCUCGAUCUUCUCGACGAUGAUAACGCCUCGAGGUCAAGGCCAAUGAUUCCUCCAAUUCGCCUCUUCUUUCAUCCAAGAGGGACAUUUGUGAACCCAGGGGGAGAUUAUAACGCCAUCUUUGAUCUAGUCGGUACAAAGCAAGAACGAUCAGAUUCAACAUUUCACUAUAGCAAGGUUGAUGCUUAUGCUUUGAAAAUGGAGCAGAUGCAAGUUUCAAUGCAGAAGUGGCAGGCUUCAACGGAGUUGUGGUGCAAGCAAAAUGGUGUUCCAGUUUCGAGUUUUGGUGUAGAAGAGGAUCAAAGUGUUCAAGGGUCGAAAUGGAAAACUCAUCCAUCUAAUGAUACUGAUUCGGAUGACAGUUUUUUGGAAGAAGAUGACAACCACGAACACAAUCUAGACUGGGAUGUGAAGCUUCUGAGUUACUUUUGGAAGACCUUAUGGGGUAAGCUAGGUACCAAUUUGUUGUUUUCUACAACAUCACAUCCUCAGACGGAUGGCCAGAUGGAGGUAGUUAAUAGGACUCUUGGGACCUUACUUCGUGCAUUGAUCCAGAAGAAUUUGAAGGCAUGGGAGUCUUGAUUGCCUAUUGCGAGUUUGCUUACAAUCGCACUUUGCAUACUACUACUCAAUAUUCCCCAUUUGAAAUUGUUUAUGGCUUUAAUCCGCUAACACCAUUGGAUUUGUAUCCUUUGUCUGUUUCUGAAUUUCUAGAUAUAGAUGGAGCAAAGAAAGCCAAGUUUGUGUGUGCUCUACAUGAGAAAGUACACAUGAACAUUCUCAAGAAAAAUGAACACUUCGCCAGGGUUGCUAACAAGGGACGGAAGGAAGUCGUUUUUUAGCCUGGCGUUUGAGUUUGGGCACAUGAAAGAUUCACACUCCUACCAAAGUCAAGUCAAAGUUGGAUCCAAGAGGCGAUGGGCCAUUUCAAGUUGUGAAGCGCUUGAACAACAAUGCCUAUCAGCUAGAUUUGCCAGGUGAGUACAAUGUUAGUGCUACUUUUAAUGGUUAUGAUCAAUCUCCCUUUGAUUAUGCAGAUGCUCGUGCCAUGGAUACUUUGGUUCAAGGACGAAUCCUUCCGAGGAAAGGGGGAAUGACAUAGAAAUCAAGAUCCUUUGUCUAAUAUUGGAGGUCCCGUGACUCGAUCCCGUGCGAAGAAAAGAGAUGAAAUGCUCAAAGCUCUAAUCUCGGAUGUUCAUUCUCAUGAAGAAUCUCAAAGGAUUGAUUGCAUUCAUUGGAUAAAUUGUCUAGAAUUGAAGAGUAUUAACCAUUUCGAAGAGGGGUCCAAAGACUUCAUCAAGUAGAUUGGAAUCAACGGACGUCGACCUCUUUGUCAGUCGACGAGCAAGCCGACGUGGGCAUGUCGACCAUUCUACCAGUCGACGAGAAGACCGGCGCGCACUGACGAACUAGGGUUCCAAAUAUCCUAGUCUUAAGUUUUAGCGGCUUUUUCUGAUUUGAUUUGUUUUUCUUGGAUAUUUUUGAAUUAAAAAAGUUUUAAGGGAGCUUCUAAAUAGUUCGCGACAUGUGCAAAUAUUUAGAAGUUAUAUUUUUUAUUUUAAAACUCAUUAGGGAUCGAAUCUACAAAGAACUUAAAUGUUGGAUUUUGACCUAGUGGCCUUUCUUUUCACAUUAAAAGAAGGGAGGCUGCC